GUCAUGUGACUGUUGAACCCAACCACCAAUAUGACCCUUGGCCGAACCAGUUCCGCGUCGAGUGCAUUCGGUUAGACUCGGACAAUAUACGAGUCUAAUUCCAGUCCAGGGAUCAAAUACAAAGGUUUUUUUUUUAACGAAAAUAUGAGCAUUCCGGUGGUGGACUUCAGCGCGUGCAGCCUCACAGUUGAGGAUAUUUCCCGCGCAGACUUGAGCCACCUCAGCAGAGACAUAAGGACAGCCUUUACCGAUGUAGGCUUCGUCUUCCUGGAAAACACUGGCAUUACUCAGGCGGAGGUGGAUGCUGUCAUGGACGCUUCCAGGAGGUUCUUCCUGCAGCCAGACCACAUGAAGCGCCCAUUGAGUAGGAAAACCUUCCCAAACUGUGCUAACCACGGAUGGGUAGCUCUGGAAACUGAAAGAUUGAAUCCACAAAAGCCAGGAGACUUGAAAGAGGCAUUUAACAUGUCUUCACUACAUCCUGAUAUAAAGUGGCCCUCACCUGAGAUUGUGGUGGGAUUCCAGGAGAGCCAGAUGGCUUUUUUUCAACAUUGCAAAGAGCUGAGCCUACGCAUUUUGAAGGUGAUGGCCCACAGUUUGGAUCUAGACCCUGACGUGUUCCUGAGUGCUCACCGCCUCAUUGGAACUGAUGAAAACGGCACAACCCUCCGUUCGCUGUACUACCCUCCGGUCAACAGAGAGCUGGCCAAGGAUGGUCAGCUGAGAUGUGGAGAGCAUUCUGAUUAUGGAAGCAUCACCUUGUUGUUCCAGAGCUCUGAAGGUCUGCAGGUGCGUCAACGUUCCGGCGAGUUUAUCUGUGCCCCUUGUGUCCCCGGGGCGGUUCUCGUGAACAUCGCUGACCUGAUGCAGCGCUGGACUAGUGACCGCUUUGUCUCUGUGCUCCACAGAGUUUUGCUGCCCCCUGCUGGCGACUCUAGCACACGGCAGUCUCUGGCUUUCUUUGUCCAGCCAGACGACGAGGCCGUCAUCACUUGCAUCGACGGCUCCAACAAGUACCCCCCAGUCCAAGGGGGUACCUACCUCACAGAGCGGUUUAAUGACUCCUAUGGCCAGGCCUGAACACCCCCCCCCCACACCCACACCACCACCACCUUACCCAUCACACUACCCACAGCCAGCCCCCAUCCUCACCUUGGGGUAUAUAAUAAUAAUAAUAAUAAUAAUAAUACAUUUUAUUUAAAAGCGCCUUUCAGGACACCCAAGGUCGUUGUACAGUAGAUAAAAAACACCAAGAUAAAAGACAACAUACAAUAAAUAAGAACAUACAAUAAAUAGGGGGAGGGGGGACCAUGUGAAGCAGUUAAAGAGAAUAGGCACGUUUGAACAGAUGAGUUUUGAGUUUGGAUUUGAAGAUGGGAAGGGUGGCAGAGUUACGGAGGUCUGGUGGCAAAGAGUUCCAGAGCAGAGCUUUCAGCCGCUCUGCUCCCCAUAGUGCUAAGACGUGCAGAGGGAAAAGUGAGAUGGAGGGACGUGGAAGAUCUGAGGGAACGGGAUGGCUUGAGAAUGUGGAUGAGGUAAGGGGGGGCAAGGUUAUGGAUAGACUUGUAGGUGAACAGAAGGAUUUUGUUGGUGAUUCUUUGAGUCACGGGGAGCCAGUGGAGUUGCUGCAGGAUGGGGGUUAUGUGGUGGGAUGAGGGGGUUCUGGUGAUGAUCCGGGCAGCAGAGUUCUGAACCAGUUGUAGUUUAUGGAGGGAUUUUUGAGGGAGGCCGAAGAGGAGAGCGUUACAGUAGUCGAUGCGGGAAGUGACAAGGCUAUGGACGAGGAUGGCGGUGGUGUGGGGGGUGAGGGAGGGGCGUAGACGAUUAAUGGAGCGCAGACGGAAGUAAGCUGACCUGGUGACGUAUUGAUGUGGGAUUGGAAAGAUAGUGUGCUGUCGAGGAUGACACCCAGACUCUUGACCUGAGGGGAGAGUGUAGUGAGGGGGAGUGUAGAGUUAGGUUUGGAGGAAAGGUAGAGCUGGGUGUCAUCCGCGAAGCACUGGAAGUGAAUGUUAAAUUUACGGAAGAUAUGGCCGAGGGGGAGAAGGUAGGUUAUGAAAAGAAGGGGCCCCAGGACAGAGCCCUGGGGCACACCUGAGGUGACUGGGGAGGGGUUGGAGGAGAAAGACUUAAGCUGUAUGAACUGAGUGCGGUCUGUGAGAUAGGAAUGGAACCAGUGGAGGGGGGUGUGGGUGAUGCCCAUUGAGGAGAGUCUACUGAGGAGGAUGGGGUGUGAGAUGGUGUCAAAGGCCGCACUCAGGUCGAGGAGGAUGAGAAUAGAAAGUGAACCGGUGUCAGCUGCAGUGAGGAGAUCGUUUGUGAUUUUGAUGAGUGCAGUUUCGGUGCUGUGACGGGGACGGAAGCCGGACUGGAAGGGUUCAUUCAGAUUGUUAGGGGUGGGAUGUGCGUGAAGUUUGGAGGAGACUAUUUUUUCAAUAAUUUUGGAAAUGAAAGGUAAGUUGGAGAUAGGGCGGAGGUUAUUGAAGUUGUUGGGAUCUGAACCAGGUUUUUUCAGGAUUGGGGUGACAGCAGCAGUUUUGAAGGCUGGGGGGACAAUAUCAGUAGACAGUGAAGAGUGGACAAUGGCAGAAAUGAGAGGAAGCAGAGAGGAGAGGCAGGAUUUGACCAGGAUUGUGGGGAUGGGGUCCAGCUGGCAUGUGGAGGGCUUGGAUUUGUGGAUGAGGUCAGAUAUUUCAGAGGCAUUGGGGAGUUGAAAGGAGGAAAAAGGCUUACUCUAGAGAAAGGGUUCGGGUGUGGGGAGAGGAGGCGGUUGUGAGCAGAGGUGCUGAUGAAUGGAGUUAAUUUUGUCAUUGAAGAAUACCAUCAGUGAGUUACAGGUGUCAAUUGAGUAAAAGUGGGGGUUCAAGAGUGGGGAGGCUGGAGGAUCUUGUUGAGUAAUGAGAAAAGUGAUUUGGUAUUUCCUUUGUUGGAUGUGAUGAGACCAGAGUAAUAAGCAGAUUUACGGUGUGCAAUGGCGUCUUUGUACUGGAGAAUGUGGAUAUUGUAAUGUUUUUGUGUAUUGUGAGUCCAGUUUUUUUGUAGAGCCGUUCCAGUUGUCGUCCUUUAGAUUUAAUUGUCCGGAGUUCAGGGGUGUACCAAGGUGCAGAUGAUGAAAAAGAAACAGUCCGAGUUUUCAGUGGGGCAAUAGAGUUGAGGGUGUUGUUUAAGCCAGUGUUGUAAAGAGCUGUGAGAACAUCAGGGUUGGAAGGAAAAUCCGGGAUUGGGAUACAGGAAAUUUCGGAGCAGAGAGUAUCAACAUUAAUGUCCUUUAGGUUCCUGAAGGAGAUGAGACGUGGAGGUUUGAUUGAAGAGAGGCAGAGUGUAGUGCUGAAUGAGAGGAGGAAGUGGUCCGUUAUUGGAAGUUCGUCGGCGGUGCAGUUGGAGGGGGUGAGGCCAGAGCAGCAGAGUAGAUCCAAUGUAUGUCCUUUGGUAUGUGUCGGGAAGUCAAUGUAUUGGUGGAGUCCAAAACUGUCAAGGCAUAAUAGAAAGUCUCUGGUGAGGGGAAGAGUUUUUUGUACCCCCCAAAGGAUGUGCUGUUAUUUUGAAGGCCGGAAGUGGGUGUGUUGAGGUAGCUUGCAUUCCUUCAGUGCUUUUGUUCCCACUCCGCUUCUUCACCAUGAGAGGCAAUCGUAACCUGCUCGGUUACAUUUCUUCACUUUUUAAGCUGAGCAUAUCGGCAAUAUUAAAUAUUAACUGGGACUCAGCCCGUUAGUCUUCCUAAUAUGACAAUAUUUUCUGAAGGAAUAAGGACUCCGAGGCCUCAAUCAACUGCAUCAAAAAUUUGUCACAGAAAAAGUUGCUGCAAUUGCCGUCUACAGAGAACAUACUAACUCCUUAUUUCUAAAAUCACAAAUACUUAAACUUGCUGAUAUAGUUAAUCUUCAAACAGCUAAAAUAAUGCACAAGGCUAAAAAUAACCAAUUACCUAAAAAUGUCAUCUCUGCAAGAGAGGAGAAAUAUGAUCUCAGGGAAGAACUACAUUUGAAACACUUAUAUGCUAGGACUACGUUAAAAAGCCAUAGCAUUUCACUAUGUGGAAUCAAACUAUGGAAUGGAUUGAGUAAGGACCUCAAACAAUAAACAACGAUGAGUCAAUUCAAGAAACAAUAUAAGCAGUUUGCUAAAUACAAGGAUGAAGAGUCUUGAACCAGUCAUGAUGUGCUAUAUAUAUCACUAUAUUGACACUUACUAUGGUACCCAUUAUGGCAUUGGAUGCUCAUAUCACAUCGUACUUCGGUAUGUGACAAAAAAAACAAAAAAUAAUUAACAAAAAAUAUAUAAAUUAUAUUAUAUUAGAAAAGCAGGAAGUAAACAAACUGAUUGUAAGUACCAGAUGGAGGGGUAGGAUUUAAUAAGCUUUGCUUCUUCCUACUCCUUUUGGACAUGUGGAACUGUGAACUGAUUAUGUGAUGCACUCAAUUGUAAUCUGAUGCAUGUUCAAAUGAAAUAAAACCAUUACCAUUACCAGAUACGUCAACACUGCCACCUAGUGGUCUCCACGAGGUACAGCAUUUUAUGACAUCAAUAUGGGGAUAUUUCAAAGAUGAAAAAAUACAGUUGCUCCAAUUUAUUUAUCUUUGAUAUGCACAAGUGUUAAUAGGAGGUAGGAUAACAUGAUGUCAAACACACACCGAGCCCAAGGAAGAAUGGACUUGACGAAGUAAGUGUUUGUUUGCUGCUUAACUGACUCUGUACUCUUGCUGCUGUGCAAUACAAAUUUCCCCACUGAGGGACGAAUAAAGGCAUAUCUUGAGCACAGA